AUGGCGGAGGUUUGCGGUACUCUCUCUACAGGGACUCUAACGCGCGUCAUGGCCAACUGGUACGGAAAGAAAUUAUUCCACCUACCGGAACAUGCUCAGCCACUAGCAACCAAUUUAAAGUUACACACAACUGAAAAUCAUUUGCAUGAAGUUUGCUGGUACCUCUGUGAAAAAUGUACUUACAGGACGAAAAACAAAUCGAAUUUAAAGAAGCAUGUCUACGCCAAACACACAGACAAAAACGACAUCAAAUGGCAGAAGUGUAAUCAUUGUUCAUAUGUGACAAUAACGUUAGAUCGAUUAAGAGCACAUAUAAAACACAACCAUUUGGGUGAUAAAACCCAGUGGUAUUAUUGUGAUAAAUGCCCCCACAAAACCAAAUAUAAACAGGGAAUAAGACUACACAUGACAAAUGUGCACGAUGAAAAUAAACCAUUCCAAUGUAAAAAGUGUUCGCGCACUUUUAAACAUAUGGACCGCUUGAGAAGACACACAAUUAGCAUACACUUGGACGAGGACAAGAUUCAGUGGCAUCAAUGUGAACAAUGUCCAUACAAAGCUAAAACCAGGUUGACCUUGUUAAAACACAUAAAUGAUAUACAUAAAGAUGGUAAGAAAUAUCGUUGUGAUCACUGUACAUAUAAAUCACGAAGUUCGUUCGAAGUAGCAGAGCAUAUAAACACUAAACACUCAAAGGGCAGUGAAGUUAAGUGGUACCAGUGUACAAAAUGUCCUCAAAAAUAUAAAACUAAUGGAGGUUUAAGCUGUCACGUGCGCAUGCAGCAUGAAGGAUUCCGUGGAAAGUAUCAGUGUGAACAAUGUGAUUUUAAGUCAGGUAGAUUGCAAAGUUUAAAAGACCAUAUAAAUUGCAAACAUUUAAGUGACACUGAGGUUGAGUGGUACCAGUGUGAAAAAUGUCCAGUUAAAUAUAAAACUAAAUCGUCUUUGAGAGACCACAUGCACGAUAAACAUCUGAGUGGGGACAGGUAUAGGUGUGAUCAAUGUGGUUAUAAUGCAGGUACAUCGCAACGUUUAAAAGACCAUAUAAAUAGCAAACAUUUAAGUGACACUGAAGCUGAGUGGUACCGGUGUGAAGAAUGUCCAGCUAAAUAUAAAAAUAAAACGUCUUGGAGACUCCACAUGAGUUUGAAACAUCCAAGUGUUAACAAGUAUCAGUGUGAUCAAUGUGAUUAUAAGGCGAAUUAUUCGCAGUGUUUAAAAGACCAUAUAAAUAGUAAACAUUGA